UUUUGGCAGCAAGGUCUUAGCAAAAUCAAAACCGUUGAUGAAUACAUCAUUUCCGCCCUCCUCCCCCAAGACGACGCUUUGAGUUCCACUCUCAAAGCCAACGCUACCUCUGGCCUGCCCGCCAUUGACGUUUCCCCUCUUGGGAAAUUCCUCUACCUCCUAGCAAAACUCAACAACGCUAAGCGCAUUCUGGAAUUCGGUACACUGGGAGGCUAUUCCGCCAUCUGGUUCGCUAAAGCUAUUCCCAGCGAUGGAAAAGUGAUAACGCGUGAGCUGGAGCCCGGGAUUGCAGAGAUUGCUCAAUCGAAUAUCGACAAUGCGGGGCUAGAAGUGAAGGAUAAGAUCGAGAUUCGACUCGGUCCUGCUCUGGAGACAUUGGGGCAGUUGGAUAAAGAGGGGGUUGAAGACUUUGAUAUGGUAUUUAUUGAUGCGGAUAAAGAGAACAAUUCUACUUAUUUUAGGUGGGCUUUGGAGCAUAGCCAUGCGGGAACUUUGAUUGUCGUGGAUAAUGUUGUUAGGAGCGGGUUUAUUGCUGAUAAAGACAAUAAUGCCCCCACCACACUGGGAGCAAGAAAGGUCUUUGAUGCAUUGAAGGGAGAGAAGAGGGUCGAAUGCACGGCGUUUCAGACGAUUGGGUUGAAGGGUUGGGAUGGAAUGGCUUUGGCGAGGGUUAUUUGA